AAAAAUGACAUUUUGAUGUCAGACAUUGAGAUGUGGCAAACUGUGGAUUAGCUGAUGCCAAUAUGACAUUGUGACAUCAGGAGUCUGUCUCUAAAGCGCCAGACUGAGGAGCAGCUGACACUCUCUUUUUGCUGCUGCUGCUGAUGAUGCUGCUGCUGCGAAAAUGCUGCGAUUCCCUGUGAAGAAAAUACGAAAGCAGUUCAAACUUCUGCUACUGCUGGUGCUGCUUACUUUCGCCGUGUGGUUUACGUACCUGCACAUCAACCAGGGCAAAUCCAUCAAACUCCACUUCAACUAUGGGAAAGAUGGUGAAAGGCCAAUGGAGGGAACUGAUACCAGCCGUAAGAGAGACUCGCGUUCAUCAGACAAGUACCACAAAAGCGAAGAUGCCAGCAACAGCCAGGAGGACGAAAACACACAGGAAGAUGAGCGCAACGCUGGCACCGUUCAUGACAAAGAUCAAGCUGAAAUCCGCAAGUUGCUCACGCAGAAGUACAAGAAGUUGCCAUGGAAACCAGAGUUUAAAGGUCAAGCGAACCUCCACGUGUUUGAAGACUGGUGUGGCUCCUCAGUCGCUCAGCUCAGGAAGAACCUGCAUUUUCCUCUCUACCCCCAUACGAGAACUACAGUGAAGAAGUUGGCCGUGGCUCCAAAAUGGAAGAACUACGGCCUGAGAAUAUUUGGAUACAUUCUACCUUACAAGGAUGGAGAUUUUCAGUUUGCAGUUUCUUCUGAUGAUAACUCAGAGUUCUGGUUGAGUUCAGAUGAAAGUCCUCUCAAUGCACGUCUGCUGGCCUACGUGGGAAAGCUGGGAUCUGAGUGGACUGCACCAGGAGAGUUUACCAAGUUCAGGUCUCAGGCAUCCAAAUCUGUGCAUCUCAUGGCCUCCAGACGAUACUACUUUGAGAUUCUCCACAAGCAGGACGACAAAGGCUCGGAUCACGUUGAAGUCGGGUGGCGCCCUUUCCUGCCAGGACUCAAGUAUGAGGUCAUUGACUCCGCCUACAUCUCCUUGUACACAGAUGAGAGCAGUUUGAAGAUGAACCAUGUGGAUCACAUUCCUCAGACUCUGGCCAGCCACGGGCCGGUCCCAGCAGAGACCCGCACCCACAGCCAGCACGGCGCCGAUAUGCUGCAACCGGACCCCCGCGACACCUUCUACAACAUCCCCAUGAUUGACCCUGCUCAUCUUGAAAAUGUAUUGCCCUCCUGUCUCUACUCGCCAACAUAUGUGGUCAAAGACUUCCCUAUUGCCCGCUAUCAAGGCCUACAGUUUGUUUAUCUUUCUUUUGUCUAUCCCAAUGACUUCACCCGCCUCACACACAUGGAAAGAGAAAACAAGUGCUUCUACAGAGAGUCGCCCAUCUAUCUGGAGAAGUUUGGCUUCUAUAAAUACAUGAAGAUGGAUGAGGAGGAAGAUGACAGGCCAUUCUUCUUCCCUAAUCCUGAUGAUUUUCUUGAAGAAGAAGAGGGGGCAGAUCCUGAUGAUGAAGCACAACUUGUUGGCACUCAGUCAGCAAAGAAGACUGUCCAACCUAGCCAAUCAAGUCACACUGUAACCACUUCUGAUAAGCCUGUUCCCACAAUGCUUCCCAAGAGAAAUGAGGUAGAGUCAGACAACCCAGCUUUGAGGAGAGAGCACAGGCACUUUUUCACAAGUGCAAGGCAAGUGGUCGCGGCUCAACAUCAAGACACAGUAGAAGAACAAGACACUCUAGACCAUCAGGCUAAGGUAGGGUUACCAAAAAGUGAGAGUGUGGUGCGAGGUCGUUCUCUCACUUGGGUUCAAAAAGACCGCCAGGACUUCAAAGAGGCUCGGUCAGAAGAUCGUUCUCCCAAAAUGAGCCGAUCAGCUUUGUUAUUCCCGCCGAAAUCCUCAUUGGUAGCUCUCAACAGCCGAGCCAAGCAAAUCCUCGGCAGUCCUGCCCACACCGUCCCUUCCCUAGUUAACAACCACGCUCAUGACAACAGCCACAAUCCUGGAAACAGCCACACCAACAAGGAACACAAGAAGGAGGACAACAAAAUUUACGUUACAAGACCUCGACCAGCUAAGGAGAAGCAAAGCUCUGUUUCACGCCAUCCUAGAGAGGUCUUCCCUGGCGUUUUCCUGUAUCAGAAUGGCAAAACCACAAAGGUGGUGAACCUCAGUGCCAAACCAAAGCUCAGCAAAGGACCUCUACGUGCAUCCCAGUUAUUUGCACGGCCUCCUCUGCAGGAGAACAAGGUCUUUCCAGCUAGCCCCAACUUCAGCAAGCCAGCGGAAAAUCCCGUGGCCCCAAACAGAGCAGCAAUCUCGAGCCGUUUUGAGCGGAGGAUACGAGGCGUCUGGGAAAAACACCAUCAUUCUCUGAGGCCCAUCACAACUGCUCGACCUCCUCCUGCUCCCACCCCUCCAUCCAAUAACUCCUCCGAGAACGUGCUUCCGACCAAACCUCUCCACGUCACUUCCUACUUGCACACUUCCGAGAUCACCGAGUCCCAACAGCAGCGGCCAGACACGGACCCUGAACCGGAGGAGGACGGAGGCCUAUCGGAAUAUAGUUAUGAGGAUGUGGAGCCUCGGCCUGGGUGGGCAGAGGAGGCCAUUAAUUGGCAGAGGACAUUUUCCGUCAACAGCAUGGACUUUGAGACAUUGCGCUCUGACUGGAACGAUCUUCGGUGUAACGUGUCUGGAAACUUGCAGCUGUCCGAGAGCGAAGUGGUGGAUGUGCUUGCGCAGUACAUGGAGAAACUCAACGAACGCAAUGGAGGGAUUUACACUCUCCUCCGAAUCAUAAACGUAGAAAAGCGGCGUGACUCUGCUCGCGGUAACCGUUACCUGAUAGAACUGGAGCUGAUGGAAAGAGGCCGUAAAGUGGUCCGUCUUUCUGAGUACAUCUACAUGCUGUUGCACCGCGGCCGGGUAGAAGACAGUCUGGAGAAUGUGGAAGGGGUCACAGCAUCAUCCCCCUCUUCCCCUGUCGCCAGUCCACCGGCUCCGGCAUCUCACACACCUACCCGUGGGGCCCACACCACCCCUCAGUGGGGCACCGUGUAUGCCAAACCCCUGCUGUGCCAGCCAGUGAUGCUGCAGUGGAAAAAGGAUGUCAUGGUGCAUUUUGUGGUGCCAGUGAAGAAUCAAGCUCGUUGGGUUCAGCAGUUCAUCUCAGACAUGGAGCUCCUCCACCGUGAGACUAAGGACAACAAUUUUAACAUCAUCAUUGUGGACUUCCAGAGUGAAGACAUGGAUGUGGAACAGGCCCUCAGAGAAAGCUCCGUCCCAAGAUAUGAAUAUCUGAGGAGGGAAGGAAACUUUGAACGUUCUGCCGGGUUACAGAUCGGUGUGGACACCAUAGAGGACAGGCACAGUAUCGUGUUUCUGUGUGACCUGCACAUUCAUUUCCCUCUGAACAUCCUGGAGAACAUCAGGAAGCACUGUGUGGAGGGCAAACUGGUGUUCGCUCCGAUCGUGAUGCGACUGGGCUGUGGGAGCUCGCCUCGAGAGCCUGAUGGUUACUGGGAAGUGAACGGCUUCGGCCUGUUCGGGAUCUACAAAGCAGAUUUUGACAAGAUUGGUGGGAUGAACACGGAGGAGUUCAAGGACCGCUGGGGAGGAGAGGACUGGGAACUACUGGACAGAGUUCUACAGAAUGGGCUGGAGGUCGAGCGGUUACGACUGAGAAACUUCUUCCACUACUAUCACUCUAAACGAGGCAUGUGGAACUCACAGUCCAGUAAAAUCCCUAAAGGAUAAAACUGAACCUCGAUGAGAGACUUCAAACAAACGUCCCGGGACCUUAAAGGACCAAACCAGCUGGGACCCGUCUCAUGCGAGGACACAUGAUGUGCCAAGCUGCUGUCCGAACUCAACACACUCGACCGAGACAGAGACUCAGAGUGUGUGUUUGUACGUAUCUCUGUCUGUUAGGUCAGGAGUUCUUUUAGGUGCGCGAAACUCGAGAGAUCAUCGCAGAUUUAUAAGAGAUUGGGUGAAUUUUACACUAAGCUAGCCGCUCAGGCACUUUGGGUCGCAUAAAUAUGGGUUGCACUUAAGAUAUUAAAUGCUGAAAUGAUUGUCUAAAGGUUUAGAUGUGCGCUGGUUCUUAGACGUCUGCUUUUAUAGCUGUAAAUGUCACUUCCUGUUCAGAUGUGACGCCUUCUUACACUUGAACUGUGGAAAUGAUCUUCGACUUCUGCUGUAAAGGACGGCCAUGUGCUUUUCCCUUCCCAAGUCCUGCUGAACUUACGGACACGAGCGGACCCAGAAGGGCCCGCUGACAAAUGAAAUUAUCCGUCUGUGUAUUUGUCUGUAUGUCUGAGCUGCUUCUUUUCUCGUUUUCCAAUUGGUUUCAACAUAGGUUUAAUCUUUAUUGGCUAUAGUUUCCCAGAUGCAGAAACCUUUUAGUCCGGACCUUUAGACUAAACUUAAUCUCAUUGAUGCCGUAUGGAUUUCUACAGAGUAUAAUGGUAGGAAAAGGACGUUGUCCAGAAGUUGUGUGCCUUUCUUUGACGUAUUUAACAUGGCAGUCCAAACAGGGUGAGGAAGGAGUCCUGGAGUUUAGCUGUCUGGAUUGUGUAGGCCCUUAAUAGCAUUGUUUUAUGGAGAUGAAUGAAUAGAAAAUGUUUUAG